AUGCGGUGUCAUUACGAAGUCCUUGGUGUUAGUCAAACAGCAACUGACGAUGAUUUAAAAAAAGCAUAUAAAAAAUUAGCAUUACAAUGGCAUCCUGAUAAAAAUCCUGAUAGAAUUGCUGAAGCAAAACAACGUUUUCUAGAAAUUCGAGCCGCUUAUGAAGUUUUAUCGGAUCCAAGAGAACGUUCUUGGUAUGAUACACAUCGAGAUGUUAUGCUUCAAAAAGCUUCUGGUGAUGAUUAUCAAGAUGAUACCAUUAAUAUUUUUCCAUUUUUUACAUCCUCAUGUUAUCAGGGAUAUAAUGAUAGUGAAAAUGGUUUUUAUACAGUUUAUAAUAAAUUAUUUAAAGAUAUAGCUGAACAAGAUUUAAAAAGUUCAACCGAUAAAAAGAUUGAAAUACCAGAAUUUGGAAAUUCCGAAAGUGAUUAUGAAGAAGUUGUUGGUCCGUUUUAUGCAUAUUGGUCAAAUUAUUGCACGUUAAGAUCAUAUGUUUGGAAAGAAGAACAUGACACACGCGAAGCUAUGGAUCGACGUGUAAGACGAUUAAUGGAACAAGAAAAUAAAAAAUUACGUGAUAAAGCAAAAAAAGAACGUAAUGAAGAAGUUCGAGAAUUAGUUGCAUUUGUUAAAAAACGUGAUAAACGUGUGCAACUUCGAAAAAUAUAUCUUGAAGAACAAGCUGCACAAAAGAAAAAAGCUGAUACUGAAAGACGUAAUCGUGAAAAACAACGAAAAUUAGAAGAACUAGCACAAUAUAAAGAAUCUCAAUGGAUGUCAUUUGAAGAAUUUGAAAAACAACUGGAAGAUUUAGAAAAAACAGUUAAAGACAAUUUUCAAGAAACAAAUCAAAAUAUUAGUAAAGAUGGAAAUGAUGAUGAUGAUGAUGAUGAUUCUAUGGACGAUAUAAAGGAAUUAUAUUGUGUUGCUUGUAAUAAAUCAUUUAAAUCUGAUAAAGCCUUUCUUAAUCAUGAAAAGUCUCGUAAACAUAAAGAAUUUGUUAUUUUAAUGAAAGCUCAUAUACAACAAGAAAAUGAACAAUUAUCAUUAAAUAAUGAAGCACAGACAAAUAUAAACAACGAUGAUUAUGAUGAGACCAUUCAAUUACCCACAAAUAAUCCAUCAAGUAAAUCGAAAAAGAAAAAAAAGAAACAACGACGAAAUAAUAAAGAUAAUAGUUCAUCCGAUGAUGAUACAGAAGAAAUGAAGCAGCAGCUUGAAGAAGAAAUAUUACCGAAAGAAAAUAACCAAGAAGAAGAAGAAGAAGAAGAAGAAGUUUCUACAGUGCCUACAAAAACUAAAAAGAAGAAAAAUAAAUCUACAAUAGAAACAGUUGAUGGAAAUGAUGAGACACUAGAAGCACCAAUAAUUUUGCAAUGUUUUGUUUGCCACGAAGAAUUUUCUUCACGUAAUGCACUUUUCAAGCAUAUCAAAGAUCUUGAUCAUGCUAAACCAAUACAAGUUAAAACUGAAGUAAAACCAAAAACAAAAGGCAAAAAGAAAUAA